GUGCUAGAGCUUCUACAGGCAAAAGUAAAGAAGCAGAAAUAAAGAGGAUAAACAAGGAGCUGGCAAAUAUUAGAUCAAAAUUUAAAGGUGACAAGGCUCUUGAUGGCUACAGUAAAAAAAAAUAUGUCUGCAAAUUGCUCUUCAUCUUUCUCCUUGGUCACGACAUUGACUUUGGACACAUGGAGGCUGUGAACCUGUUGAGUUCAAAUAGAUACACCGAAAAGCAGAUUGGCUACCUUUUCAUCUCCGUGUUGGUGAACUCCAACAGUGAGCUGAUCCGCUUGAUAAACAACGCCAUCAAGAAUGACCUGGCCAGCCGUAACCCAACGUUCAUGGGCCUGGCUCUGCACUGCAUCGCUAACGUGGGCAGCCGUGAGAUGGCUGAGGCCUUUGCCGGGGAAAUCCCCAAGAUCCUCGUGGCAGGAGACACCAUGGACAGCGUGAAGCAGAGUGCAGCCCUGUGCCUGUUGCGCCUAUACAGAACGUCUCCUGACCUUGUCCCCAUGGGUGACUGGACAUCCCGUGUUGUGCAUCUCCUCAACGACCAGCAUUUGGGUGUGGUGACUGCUGCUACGAGCCUCAUCAGCACACUGGCCCAGAAGAACCCAGAGGAGUUCAAGACCUCAGUCUCCCUGGCCGUCUCCAGGCUGAGCAGAAUUGUGACGUCGGCCUCAACAGAUCUUCAGGAUUACACCUACUACUUUGUCCCGGCGCCCUGGCUGUCGGUCAAGCUCCUAAGGCUGCUGCAGUGCUACCCACCCCCAGAAGACCCUGCAGUGCGGGGCCGCUUGACCGAGUGCCUGGAGACCAUCCUGAACAAAGCCCAGGAGCCGCCUAAGUCAAAGAAAGUACAGCACUCCAACGCCAAGAAUGCGGUGCUGUUCGAGGCCAUCAGCCUGAUUAUCCACCAUGACAGUGAACCAAACCUGCUCGUGCGCGCCUGCAACCAGCUGGGCCAGUUCCUGCAGCACCGGGAGACCAAUCUGCGCUACCUGGCUCUGGAGAGCAUGUGCACGCUGGCCAGCUCCGAGUUCUCCCAUGAGGCUGUCAAGACCCACAUCGAGACUGUCAUCAACGCCCUCAAGACAGAGCGGGACGUGAGUGUGCGGCAGCGAGCGGUGGACCUGCUCUACGCCAUGUGUGACCGCAGCAAUGCCCAGCAGAUUGUGGCCGAGAUGCUAAGCUACCUGGAGACAGCCGACUACUCCAUCCGAGAGGAGAUUGUGCUGAAGGUGGCCAUCCUGGCUGAGAAGUAUGCAGUGGACUACACCUGGUACGUGGACACCAUCCUCAACCUGAUCCGCAUCGCAGGAGACUACGUGAGCGAGGAGGUCUGGUACCGAGUCAUUCAGAUUGUCAUCAACCGGGACGACGUACAGGGCUAUGCUGCCAAGACGGUGUUCGAGGCUCUGCAGGCUCCAGCAUGCCAUGAGAAUCUGGUCAAAGUAGGCGGCUACAUCCUGGGGGAGUUUGGAAACUUGAUAGCUGGGGAUCCUCGAUCCAGCCCCUUGAUCCAGUUCGACCUGCUGCACUCCAAGUUCCACCUGUGCAGCGUCCCCACCCGGGCGCUGCUCUUGUCUACCUACAUCAAGUUCGUGAACCUCUUUCCGGAGGUAAAGACCACCAUCCAGGACGUGCUGCGCAGCGACAGCCAGCUGAAGAAUGCAGAUGUGGAGCUGCAGCAGCGAGCUGUGGAGUACCUGCGCCUCAGUACUGUUGCCAGCACUGACAUCCUGGCAACUGUCCUGGAGGAGAUGCCGCCCUUCCCAGAGCGUGAGUCCUCCAUCCUGGCCAAGCUCAAGAAGAAGAAGGGCCCGAGCACAGUGACCGACCUGGAGGAGACCAAGCGGGAACGGAGUGCGGAUGUGAAUGGGGGCCCUGAGCCCGCCCCAGCCAGCACUAGCGCCGCGUCCACGCCUUCUCCGUCGGCAGACCUCCUGGGCCUGGGGGCCACCCCCCCUGCCCCUGCGGCACCACCGCCCUCCUCUGGCGGGCUGCUGGUGGAUGUGUUCUCAGACUCGGCUUCCUCGGUGGCACCUCUUGCUCCCGGCUCUGAAGACAACUUUGCCAGGUUUGUUUGUAAAAAUAAUGGUGUGUUGUUUGAAAACCAACUUCUUCAAAUUGGACUUAAGUCUGAAUUUCGGCAGAAUUUAGGCCGGAUGUUCAUAUUUUAUGGUAACAAGACUUCCACGCAGUUCUUGAACUUCACUCCAACUCUCAUCUGUGCAGAUGACCUGCAGUCUAAUCUGAACCUGCAGACCAAGCCUGUGGACCCAACUGUAGAUGGAGGCGCACAGGUGCAGCAGGUGGUUAACAUAGAGUGCGUGUCUGACUUCACAGAGGCACCUGUCCUCAACAUUCAGUUCAGGUAUGGUGGCACCUUCCAGAAUGUGUCUGUCAAGCUACCCAUCACGCUCAACAAAUUUUUCCAGCCCACAGAAAUGGCUUCUCAGGAUUUCUUUCAACGUUGGAAGCAGUUGAGCAACCCACAACAAGAGGUGCAGAACAUUUUCAAAGCAAAGCAUCCGAUGGACACAGAAAUCACGAAAGCAAAGAUCAUUGGAUUUGGUUCUGCACUCCUCGAGGAAGUUGAUCCCAAUCCUGCAAAUUUUGUGGGUGCUGGCAUCAUACAUACCAGAAACACCCAGAUCGGGUGCCUGCUGCGCUUGGAGCCCAAUCUGCAAGCCCAGAUGUACCGGCUCACGCUGCGCACCAGCAAAGACACCGUCUCACAGAGGCUGUGUGAGCUGCUGUCAGAGCAGUUUUAAUCCACGGGCAGAAGAUCUGGCUCGUAUCUGUGCGUCUCUCCUCGUCUCUGCCAUUUGUCUUCGUCACCAUAUGCAAACAAAACCCCAUGUCUGAACAUCACAGCACAAGGUGCCUCCAGGCCCGGCCCCUGGUCAUCGCGGGACAGCGGGCACUGUUGGAGGAGGACUGCAGUGGGCCUGCCCCAGCAGGAGGGCCUCGGGCCCUGGGAAUCAAGACAGCCCUGUGGUUCAGCCUACAAAUUAAAGGGAAAUAAGAAGUUUGAGUGGAAGUGGGGAUUGUGUUGAGGUUUUGUCUGAGUGCCGCUGUUCUGUUGCAGACCUUCUCAGAUUUUGGAGCAGUUGCACUGCUGUGCUUACAGGGCUACCCUGGGACUACCUGGCUGUGCUGGCGUGACCCACUCUGCGAGAGGAGUGUGGCUAACCCUGCAGGCUGGGCACUGUUUGCACGAGGCUUGCUGAGGCACUGUCAGACGAUUCCUGGGCGGGGUUGUAAUUCAGGAGCUGGAAGCAUCUGUUUUGAUGACUGUUGGCCAAACCAGGCACCUGCUGUCCUCAGCCAGCCCUGUCCACAGCACCGGUGUUCUUGAAGGGACUUCUGUGAUGUGUUCUGUAGGACACCUUAGAUUUGCACUUGGUGGGUGGAGGGAUCCUGAUGGCUGUGCAGGGUGUGACCAUGGCUCAUCUUGCAAGACUCUGCAGGGUGUGCCUGUCCUUCCUGCUGGUGGCCUUCACCUGUCAAGUGCACAUUCCUAGGGCCUCAGUUGAGGCCGAGCGCUACAGACUGCACCUGUCCAGUCCUUGCUGGAUGUGGGGGUGGAGGAGAUAAAACUGGGGAGGACAACGGCCCUGGAUGUUGCUGUGCUGAGGGAGCGCCAGGUCUGCUGGCCACAUGUCCCCAGCCCUCACAGGUGUCCCUGCACAUGCUUGCAAGGUAGGAUGUGGAUGGGGCAGAGAGGCCUGGGGAGCCCAGGCAGGUGUAGGUGUGCCCUGCGGUGGCUCCUAGGGUCAGCACGCAGGGGACAGGCAGGUUUGUCUGAGCACACUUGAGCCCAGAGCACCUGAGGAGACACAGGAAAGGCGGGACCCACUGUCACUCCCUUGAUGUCCAGACACUGGGUAUGGCAAUGGCCCUUAGGCUCAGUUUCUGGCCAUCAUCCUGCCAUCCUGGGUCUUAGGGACAGCUGCAGGGUAGUCUUCAGAGUACCCAGCUCCUCCUGUGUUGGUCUUGGUGUGUGUGUGCCCCAAAGCUCCUGGUCUGCCUGAGAUAUGCCCCGGCCUCAGAUGGGCUUUGCUGCAGGUGAUGGCCUGGCUGGCCAGGGUGAACCUCUGCAUCCUCUUAUUCCAGCUGCUGGACAGAGUGACAGUCCUUGAUGUGCAGUCCACACAUUGCAUGUGGACCGCAGGUCCCAUGACCAUGGCUCCUGUGCAUGGGCAGCCAGGUAGUGGUCUCUGGGCAACAAGUCUCCCUGGCAUAGGAAGGGCUGCUGAGGCACAGGCCUGCCCUCUGUGCUGUCCCAGGGGUGUCCAUCUGUGCAUUGUGCUCCUUUUCAAAGAAAAAUAAACGCUAGUACAGUUGGA